AAUUAAGAGAUGAUUAGUUUAAUGAGUGAGAAGUAGUACGAUUUAUUCGAGCAGUUGAAGAAAAACAGCCCAUCCCCACGUAUCUAUCUCUAUAUAUACACAAUUACAAUACACACACCCCUCAACUGGUCAUCAAAAAGUUAUCCCUCCAUAAUUACCCAAUCUUCUCUCUCUCUCUCUCACCUCCAUCCAUCCAUGGAUUCCACCACCCCUUCCCACAUCGCCAUCCUCCCCACCCCCGGCAUGGGCCACCUCAUCCCCCUCGGCGAGUUCGCCAAGAAGCUCCACCGCCUCCACGGCCUCACCGCCACCUUCAUCCUCCCCACCGACGGCCCCCUCUCCUCCGCCCAGUCCGCCUUCUUCGCCGCCCUCCCCCCCGCCGUCGACCACCUCCUCCUCCCCCCCGUCUCCUUCCACGACCUCCCCCCCGACGUCAAGAUCGAGACCCGCAUCUCCCUCACCAUCACCCGCUCCCUCCCCGAAAUCCGCCGCUCCCUCGCCGCCCUGCACGGCUCCCGCCGCCUCGCCGCCCUCGUCGUCGACCUCUUCGGCACCGACGCCUUCGACGCCGCGCGUGACCUCCACAUCCCCUCCUACAUCUUCUACCCCUCCACCUCCAUGGCCCUCUCCAUGUUCCUCAACCUCCCGGACCUCCACAACGCCUUCUCCGGCGAGUACCGCGACCUGCCGGAGAAGAUCAAGUUUCCCGGCUGCACGCCGCUUCACGGCGGCGACCUGUUCGACCCGGCCCAGGAUAGGAACAACGAGGCCUACAAAUGGGCGAUUCAUCACAUGAAGAGGUAUAGAUUGGCCGACGGAAUCGUGCUCAAUAGCUUCAAAGAAUUGGAGCCCGGCCCGAUCGAGUAUUUGCUCCGGGAGGAAGAAGGGAAACCCCGCGUCUACCCGAUCGGGCCGGUCAUCAACAUGGACUCGAAGCCCGAAGACGACGGCCCGUGCCCUUGCUCGAACUGGCUCGACGACCAGCCGAGCGGCUCGGUGUUGUUCGUCUCGUUCGGGAGCGGCGGGACGCUCUCCCAUGACCAGAACGUUGAAUUGGCAUCAGGGCUAGAAAUGAGCGAACAAAGAUUUUUAUGGGUGCUUAGACUGCCUAACCACGCAAUGUCCAAUGCCACGUAUUUUAAUGUUUCCAAUAAUGGCGACCCUCUGGCUUAUUUGCCAGAAGGCUUCCUAGAGCGGACCAAGGGUCGGGGCCUCGUGGUCCCCUUUUGGGCCCCACAGGCCCAGAUCCUGGCCCACGGGUCGACGGGGGCGUUCCUGACGCACUGCGGAUGGAACUCCGUUCUCGAGAGCGUCACCAACGGGGUGCCGAUGAUCGCUUGGCCGUUGUACGCGGAACAGAAGAUGAAUGCCGUGAUCGUGGAGGAGGACGCGAAGGUGGCCCUACGGGCGCGCCCGGGGGAGAACGGCAUCGUCGAUAGGGUUCAAAUCGCGAACCUCGUCAAGGGUUUGAUGGAGGGAGAAGAAGGGAAAGGAAUUAGGAGUCGAAUGAGGGACCUCAAGGAUGCCGCUGCCAAAGCACUUUGUGAAAAUGGUGCAUCCACAAAAUUCUUGAACGAGUUGGUCACAAAAUGGAAGAGUAAUAUUUCCAAAUAAUUGGAAAAUAUGUUGGCACAUGUUUUUAGUGUUCUUUUUGUGAAAAAUUAUGUAAAAUAGUAAGCGUAUAAUGUAUUAUACAUGUGCAAGACAACCUUUUUUUUUUUUUUUUUUUUACUAUGUAUUUCAAUUUUCAUCACUUUAAUUGCUAGUCGAUUCCAUAAUAUACGAGGAAUGUGUUGAUAUUUUGCUUUUGAGUGGCAAAGACAAUGAGUUUUGUGUUGACUAA